AACGUCUCCCAGUCCAUGGAGGUCCUUGAGUUGCGGACGUACCGUGACCUCCAGUACGUGCGAAGCAUGGAGACCCUCAUGCGGAGCCUGGAUGCGAGGCUCCGGGCGGCCGACGGGUCCCUCUCGGCCAGGAGCUUCCAGGAGCUGAAAGGCAGGAUGACGGAGCUGUCGCCCCUGAGCUCGGUCCUGGAGCAGUACAAGGCGGACAUGAGGACCAUUGUGCGCCUGCGGGAGGAGGUGAGGAAUCUCUCCGGCAGCCUCGCAGCCAUCCAGGAGGAGAUGGGCGCCUACGGAUACGAGGACCUGCAGCAGCGGGUGAUGGCGCUGGAGGCCCGGCUCCACGCCUGUGCCCAGAAGCUGGGCUGUGGGAAGCUGACGGGGGUCAGUAACCCCAUCACCAUUCGGGCCAUGGGGUCCCGCUUCGGCUCCUGGAUGACUGACACGAUGGCCCCCAGUGCGGAUAGCCGGGUCUGGUACAUGGAUGGCUAUUACAAGGGCCGGCGGGUCCUGGAGUUCCGCACUCUGGGAGACUUCAUCAAAGGCCAGAACUUUAUCCAGCACCUGCUGCCCCAGCCGUGGGCAGGCACGGGCCACGUGGUGUACAAUGGCUCCCUGUUCUACAACAAGUACCAGAGCAACGUGGUGGUCAAGUACCACUUCCGCUCGCGUUCUGUGCUGGUACAGAGGAGCCUCCCUGGGGCCGGCUACAAUAACACCUUCCCCUACUCCUGGGGUGGCUUCUCGGACAUGGACUUCAUGGUAGACGAGAGUGGGCUCUGGGCCGUGUACACCACCAACCAGAACGCAGGCAACAUCGUGGUCAGCCGGCUGGACCCGCACACCCUCGAGGUCGUGCGGUCCUGGGACACCGGCUACCCCAAGCGCAGCGCCGGCGAGGCCUUCAUGAUCUGUGGCGUGCUCUACGUGACCAACUCCCACCUGGCCGGGGCCAAGGUCUACUUCGCCUACUUCACCAACACGUCCAGCUACGAGUACACAGACGUGCCCUUCCACAACCAGUACUCCCACAUCUCCAUGCUGGAUUACAACCCCCGCGAGCGGGCCCUCUACACCUGGAACAAUGGCCACCAGGUGCUCUACAAUGUCACCCUCUUCCACGUCAUCAGCACCGCCGGGGGCCCCUAGGGGCUGCCGUCGCUCACGCAGCCACACGAGGGCCACGGGAGCCCUUUCUACUCCGCCUGUGUCCCUCCAAAUUUAUCUUUCUGUCUCUGUCCUGCCCUCUCUUUCUCUCCCUCUCCCCUCCUGUACUGUUUUUUCUCUCUCCACCUUUGCCCCCAGCUUUCAUUCCCUGCUUCUGGAUUUCUGUCAGUGCGUUUUCUCAGUAUUGUCUCUUCUUUAGUGAUCUCUGAUUUUGAUACUUCGCUCUUUCUUUUUAUUGAGGCCUCUCUAUCUUUUGAUCCAUCUGACUCUCCAGCUCUCUAUCUCUGCCUGUCUCUCUUCCAUCCCUCCCUCCCCUCUUUGCGUCCCACCCAGUCCUCCUCCUCCUGGCUCCACGUCCCCUCCUCCCGACCCAAGGAGUUGAGUGCAUGGAUGUUUCUUUUUUUAUUUACACUUUUUCUUUCCGGGUUGCUGGAAUAAACGGGACCUUUGACAUUUGA